CGAUCCUUCCCUUCUUGACUACAAACCAUUACCUUCUUUACGGUCUACUCCAAAGCUUCAAGUACCCCGCCUUUUGUAAUAUGCGACUCUCUCUUUUCUUCGCGCUUUCUGCUCUGCCAGUCAUUGCGUUUGCGUGUGAGGGUGAAUGUAUCACAGGUGUCACUGCAGGCUUCGUGAACGACGUUCGUGAACUUCUUAAGACAAUCUUCCCUGAUGUCGUAUCGCAGGUAUACAAGGCAUUGGAUAUCCCUUCUCCAGAUGACUCGAGAUGCCUUGCGCUCGUGAACCCUAUGCUUGCUGCUUUCGAAAAACAGGCACUCCCUAGUUUUCAACACGCCAUCUUUCCGAGUUUCUUCCAUGGGAAGUGCCAAGUGAAUGGUGUAGAUCCUGAUGGGUGUCCUAACCCCGACUGCCCUGUAGUCUGUGGUACUCCUGGCUCGUUGAUUCAUUUCUAUCCCAUACUCCUGGAAAUCGUCUAUAACUCGACAAUGGCUGUCGUACAAGAUAUCACUAGUCCUCAUUCGGAUGCCUACCAGGAGACGCAGAAGACCGUAUUCGACACUUUGCCGCCUCACUUUUCCUCCCCGCGCAUGUUUCGCUUUUCCCGCUCGACGUUCUAUCCUGCGAUAUCCACGACUCCGUCGGCUACUGGGUUUUCCAAGCGUAGCCGUCAUUCAGAUUUCUCUAGAGCUUUCGAGAUACAAAUGAGGAAGAUUUCGCAAGCGGUAACACAGGCGUGCAAAGCAGGAAACGGUGGGGGCGGGUGCACAUUCCCAGAUAUGAAAAAGAAAAUUCUCAGCUACCCGUGAAAGGCCAACGCAGUUGGCUUCCUCUAGUUUAUACACUCUAACCUCCAACC